GCCUACUCCCACGUCCUGCCACAGUCAAAUCACGCCCAUCUAAGAUUUCAAGUCGGGUCUGUGAAUUCUGUAGCUUGCAGAUGGGCAAACAGGCUCCAAGGCGGAAACGAAGGUGGAGAGGUAGGGCCACUUUGGAAAAUGCACCCUCGGUGCGGGCGGGCAGGAGCACCAGAAAUCGAAGUGGGCGGGCGAGAAUAAAACUCGGAAAACAACACGGGCGGCUACAAGAACCAGAGAGCCAGGCAGGCGGGCAGGAUUGAGAACUGGAGAGUGACGCGCGGCGGGCGGGGAAAGAGAAUCCAGGUUCGGCUCGGGCGGCGACGAGAAGCUGCGCUCGGGCGCGCGAGGACGGCGACCGGCGCGGGCGGGCGCGGCCUUUGUCUCCUCCUCCCGCGCGCUCGGCGGCGGCACUGGCCCCAUGAGUCCGCGGCCCCCCGGCGCCCGAGCCGCCCGCAGCCCCUAACCUGACCUGUCCUCGCCAUGGCCGAGACUGCCUCGGGCGCCGGGGGCACGUCCCUGGAGGGAGAGCGCGGCAAGAGGCCCCCGCCGGAGGGCGAGCCCGCAGCCCCUGCGUCUGGAGUUCUGGAUAAGCUUUUCGGGAAGCGGCUCCUGCAGGCGGGUCGCUACCUGGUGUCCCACAAGGCAUGGAUGAAGACCGUUCCCACGGAGAACUGUGAUGUGCUGAUGACCUUUCCAGACACCACUGAUGACCACACGCUGCUAUGGCUGCUGAACCACAUCCGUGUGGGCAUCCCUGAGCUCAUCGUGCAAGUCCGCCACCACCGCCACACGCGUGCCUACGCCUUCUUCGUCACAGCCACAUAUGAGAGCCUCCUCCGAGGGGCCGACGAGCUGGGUCUGCGCAAGGCUGUGAAGGCCGAGUUCGGUGGGGGCACCCGCGGCUUCUCCUGCGAAGAAGACUUCAUCUAUGAGAAUGUGGAAAGUGAGCUACGCUUCUUCACAUCCCAGGAACGCCAGAGCAUCAUCCGCUUCUGGCUGCAGAACCUGCGUGCCAAGCAGGGAGAGGCGUUGCACAACGUGCGGUUCCUGGAGGACCAGCCAAUCAUCCCGGAGCUGGCAGCCCGGGGGAUCAUCCAGCAGGUGUUCCCGGUCCAUGAACAGCGCAUCCUGAACCGCCUCAUGAAGUCCUGGGUGCAGGCUGUGUGUGAAAACCAGCCUUUAGAUGACAUCUGUGACUACUUUGGUGUGAAGAUUGCCAUGUACUUUGCCUGGCUGGGCUUCUACACGUCAGCAAUGGUGUACCCCGCUGUCUUUGGCUCUGUCCUGUACACGUUCACGGAGGCUGAUCAGACAAGCCGGGAUGUGUCCUGCGUGGUCUUUGCACUCUUCAACGUGAUCUGGUCAACACUGUUCUUAGAGGAGUGGAAACGGAGGGGGGCAGAGCUGGCCUACAAGUGGGGAACACUGGAUUCACCUGGGGAAGCUGUGGAGGAGCCACGUCCCCAGUUCAGGGGCGUGCGCCGCAUCAGCCCCGUGACCCGCGCUGAGGAGUUCUACUACCCGCCGUGGAAGCGGCUGCUCUUCCAGCUGCUCGUGAGCCUGCCGCUGUGCUUGGCCUGCCUGGCCUGCGUCUUCUUGCUCAUGCUGGGAUGCUUCCAGCUGCAGGAGCUGGUGCUGAGUGUGAAGGGGCUUCCCCGUCUGGCCCGCUUCCUGCCCAAGGUCGUGCUGGCCCUGCUGGUCAGCGUGAGCGCCGAGGGCUACAAGAAGCUGGCCGUCUGGCUCAACGACAUGGAGAACUACCGGCUAGAGAGCGCCUACGAGAAGCACCUCAUCAUCAAGGUCGUCCUGUUCCAGUUUGUCAACUCGUACCUGAGCCUCUUCUACAUCGGCUUCUACCUCAAGGACAUGGAGCGCCUCAAAGAGCUCCUGCUCGUCCUGUCCCUGUCCCAGAGCCUUGAGCGGCAGCUGCGGGCGGUGCUGGUCCCGCUCGUGGCCCUGCGGUUCCGCCUGCUCCUCCUCUCCCUCCGGGGCCUUCUGCUCUCGGCCCGGGCCAAAAUGCUGGCCACGCUGCUGAUCACCCGCCAGUUCCUCCAGAAUGUGCGUGAGGUCCUGCAGCCACACCUGUACCGUAGGCUGGGUCGUGGCCAGCUCGGUCUGCGGGCCAUCUGGGAGCUGGCCCGAGCCCUGCUCGGCCUGUUGAGCCUCCGGCGCCCUGUGCCUCGCCGCCUUGAAGCCCAGGCCGACGAGGGCAGUGGCGGCGGCAGUGGGGGGGGCCGCAGGUGUCUCAGUGGGGGCUGCGGGGCACCUGAGGAGGAGGAAGAGGCCACAGUGGAGCGGAGACCAGCCGGAGAAGGUGGGGAGGUCAGGGACGGGCCCCGGGGGGGCAAGGAGGAGGCAGAAGAGGAGGAGGAAGAGGAGGAAGAAGAGGAGGAGGACGAGGACGAGGGCGAGGAAGGUGGCCUUCUGGACUGUGGGCUCCGCCUGAAGAAGGUCAGCUUUGCUGAGCGCGGGGCGGGGCGGCGCCGGCCGGGCCCGAACCCAGAGGCCCUCCUGGAGGAGGGCAGCCCCACCAUGGUGGAGAAGGGGCUGGAGCCGGGCGUGUUCACACUGGCCGAGGAAGACGACGAGCCUGAGGGUCCUCCUGGCAGCCCUGAGCGAGAGCCCCCAACCAUCCUGCUCCGUCGGGCCGGGGGCGAGGGCCGAGACCAAGGGCCUGAUGGAGGCCCAGACCCAGAGCCUGGCUCUGGGGACUCUGCCGGGAGGCAGAAGAGGCAGAACCGGUCAUCUUGGAUAGACCCGCCUGAGGAGGAGCCCUCGGCCCAGUUGACCCAGGCAGAGCUGGAGAGCUGCAUGAGGAAGUACGAGGACACCUUCCAGGACUACCAGGAGAUGUUCGUGCAGUUCGGCUACGUCGUGCUCUUCUCGUCCGCCUUCCCGCUGGCCGCGCUCUGCGCCCUGGUCAACAACCUCAUCGAGAUCCGCAGUGACGCCUUUAAACUGUGCACGGGCCUGCAGCGGCCCUUCGGCCAGCGCGUCGAGAGCAUCGGCCAGUGGCAGAAGGUCAUGGAGGCCAUGGGCGUGCUGGCGAUCGUGGUGAACUGCUACCUCAUCGGCCAGUGCGGGCAGCUGCAGCGCCUCUUCCCUUGGCUGAGCCCGGAAGCAGCCAUUGUGUCCGUGGUGGUGCUCGAGCACUUCGCUCUGCUCCUCAAGUACCUCAUCCAUGUGGCCAUCCCCGACAUCCCAGGCUGGGUGGCCGAGGAGAUGGCCAAGCUCGAGUAUCAGCGACGAGAGGCCUUCAAGAGACACGAGCGCCAGGCCCAGCACCGCUAUCAGCAGCAGCAGCGGCGGCGGCGGGAGGAGGAGGAGCGCCAGCGCCACGCGGAGCAUCAUGCCCGCAGGGAGCGCGAUACCAGUGGCCGGGAGGAGGCCAGGGCUGAGGGCACUGGGCUGGACCCGGCCACCUCCGAGAAGACCUCUGCCAAAGCCAAGGGUGGCGGAGCGGGCAGCCAUGGGCCUGAGCGGCCCAAGCGCCCGGGGUCCCUGCUGGCACCCAACAAUGUCAUGAAGCUGAAGCAGAUCAUCCCGCUACAGGGCAAGUUCCUGUCAUCAGGGGCCACGUCCUCGCUGGCCGGCACAGGGACUGGCCCUGCCACUCGGCAGCCCUCUGCCCAGUCACCCACCGGCAGUGACACCCGCCUACCGGCCUUCCUCAGCUUCAAGUUCCUCAAGUCGCCCGAGACCCGAAGGGAUCCGGAGCGCAGCCACUCGCCACCCAAGGCCUUCCACGCCGGCAAGCUCUUCCCUUUUGGCGGGACCCGGGCUGAGACCGGGUCCAACGGGGCGGGCGGGCAGGCCCGACAGGACGGGACCCCCAGCGGUGGCAGCGGCCGGGCCCAGAGGAGUGGGCCAGCGGACGAGGCCUCAGCUGAGGAGCUGGAAGCCCCCCGGCCCGAAGAGGAAGGCUCAGGGACAGCGCUGGCCCUCGCGGGCGCCCCUGCCCUCCGCACCCGCCGCAGCCGGAGCCCCGCGCCGCCGCCGCCAAUACCGCUGUCCCGGCCCCCGACGCCACCCGCCGGCUGCUGGCAAUGGGACGGGCCUUGGGGCUGCGGGGGCGAGGGCGCCGCCCCCCGCCAGGCCCCGCCCGCCGCUGAGUGCCCCCCCUGUGCCCUCCCGGGCCCCCCUCCAGCCCUGCAGCCGCUGCCCGGGGACGCCAGCUUCUACAGCCUCCCGCCCCCGCCGUUGCCACUCACCUCCGAACCCCCGGGGGCGCCCUCGCCCAGCCCCAGCCCCAGCCCCCAGGCCGUGUGCUGGCCCAGCGGCUGGCACUAGCCCCGCGCCCUGCCUUCCUCUUCUCGUUUGCAAUAUCAGUCAUUAUCGGGGCGGCAACGCGCUUUGCCCUGCCCUCCGUCCCCAGCCACAGCCACCAGUAUUGGCCGCCCCAUCAGGGCGGGUUCCCCUAUCUGCCGUUUUCCUUUCGACCAGGAUGGGGGAAGCGAAAGGAAACCCCAAAACCAAUAGAGAACACACACAGAAUAGGCGAUUAUUUAUUUGUUUUUAAUUUAUUUUGUCAUAUUUUUGUAAAACGGCAGAAAUGCAAUAAAAAGUAUAUUUCAACAGUGCCAGAGGUCAGAGCAAGUGGAAGGGGGCUUGGGAGCCCUGGGGACUAGGACCUGCCACAGGCUGACUUGACGCCCAGGGGCCUCCUCCCAAGAACUGGGUCUCGAGGCCACGGAUGGAAAACUCCAGGCUGUGCCGCCUGUGUCGGCCCAGAUCUGGGGGCUGACUUGGGCCCGGGAGCCCUGGGGCGGGGCUGCGGGGCCUCGCUCAGGUCAGGUUCGGGCCACCCGACAGGAGGCCAGCUCAAGAUGCUGAAAGGAUUCAGCCAUAGUUCUCAGCCUCAAACAGGGACAGAGGGGUGACACGGUCCUCUCAGCUGCGUGCGUGUGUGUGUGUGUAAGAGGUGCAUUUUCUGGCACAACUGCCUCCUGGGAAACCAGGGACAGUGGGAAGAACAUGGGACAUAGAAAUCAAUCGGAAGGCACCUGGCACCCCAGCCCUGCAGUCCCAGAGUCAUGGUAUUGAGAGGAUGGUGCACUUGGGGGUGCCCAGAACAGACACAGAUUGGCAUCAAGGAACAGCCAGGAUGUCCCAUGAAGGGACGAAUUCCAGACAGGGAUCACUAGGAUUUGUGGACAUGUGACUUAGGGACAGGAACACUGCCUGCCAGACCCUCACAUUCAUCUGGGAAAAUGACAAGUACAUCCCCCUACCAAAGCUAAAGGAUUAGACCCUCACGUGGCCACACCCCAGGGGAGCCAGUUGACAAAGCGGCCCUUCAGGGAAACCUGAAGGCAUGGCUCACUGGAGCCAGGAUGGCAGCCUGUAGCUGAGGGAGAGGCACAGGAAGGCAGUCUGGACUUGGGGACAUCAGGGCAAGGAGAGUCCCAAAGGCAGGGGUGGGGAGCAGUGGCUGGCUCAGGCCUGGGCUCCUCCUGAGGGCAGCAGGAGCUGUGGGGGGCCGUGUACCUAGGGAGGCCACAGGUGGGCAGGGCACUGGGAGGAAGCGCCCCAGGAAUCAGUCGGUGCAGGAGACAGGCCCAGCUCAAAAGGGGACUCAGAGGCCUUGGGAGGGGUGUGCUGCCUAGUGCCAUGCUGUCUCCUGGUCUUUGAAGUCCUGCCAUUUUAACCACUGACCAAGUGACACCAUAAAUCUGCCGGGUCAGAACCACCCCUGGGACUGGGGAUUCCCAACUGGUCUGGAAGUCGGGGGAAGGGGGACUUGCCACUCCCCUUGCCUUGAUCCGCAAGGCCAAGGUCAAGCUUCUGUUCCUGACUGGCUGCCCAGGGCUUGCAGGGACCUUACAGAAUGCACCUGCCUUGGUACAGACACCAAGCUGAGAGCUGGGGUCAAGGCAUCUGGGCAUCGAAGCACAACUGGGUUGCUGUGCUGGCCUGGUUCAGUCAUUGGUGCCAACCCAGCACCAUCUGCCCCAAGAGAGUUGAGCAAGGCCCCAGGGUAACUGCUGGGGGCAGGCACACCUUCCCCAACCACCCCCUCAGAUCCAGGGCCUACCCCACCCCCAACUCCCCGAAAACUCAGCACUGAGUCACACCCCCGGUUACAGGGCAGCAGGGGUAGAAGGAGCAGACGCCCAGGCCAAGUGCUCAGGGAGGCGAACCUUCUACCCAGAGCCAAACCACCCUCUACGUGUCCAAGCUCAGUCCCAAUCCCAGCCCAGCUAGUGAAGGGACCCCUGGAGAGGCCAGGAAGCAUACUGACUAGAACUCCUAUCUGACUUGGGGUCCCAUGAGGCCAGGCUACCUGGGUUGGCAACACCUGCUAAAUGUCAUUCUGAUGUCACCAGAGGCCCUCAGAGCCCAGGCCCCCAAGCAAGACUGGGCCAUCUCCACAGUGGAUGGUGGGCAUGGGGCCCUGCAUGGUAGUGUCCUGGAUGUGAGCUGACCCCAGCUCCACUUUUGGCACCAUAGACUGUCUCUCAGAGAUGGCCUGGUCCUCGAGGACACCUUGACAGGUAGGCAGAGGGGUUGGUCCGAGUGGGUCUUGGCCUUGAGCAUGGCGGCUGCAGCAGGCUCACGAGAGGAUGUGGCUGGUCCCUGGGGCCCCAACACAAGGGGCCCCUCUUCUCUUGGUGAUGACAGGAUGACUCUCAGGGGCUCCGUCCUCCAGGGGCGAGGAGUGUGGAGCAAAGACUCGAGGUCGAGUAGGAAAGAUCCUUUUAUUGGGGAGGACACGGAGCACUCUAGUCCAUGAUAAAAUGACUUAAGAGGAAGAUCCAGUAGGGCGACUUCUCCCCUGCCCGCCUGCUCACAGGGAGGACUGGGCAUGGCUACCUCCCGUGGCAGUGGAGACCAGGUGAGUCUCAGAGGCCUGGACUGGUCAGCAGGGAGGGAGAAGGCUGCUCAGCUGUCCGGGAGAGCCAGGCCUAGGGCCUGGCCCCCAUCCCUGCCACCCGGCCACAGAACCCCCUGGCUCUACACCCUAGAGACAUAGUUUCUCAGGACAGGGGACCUGGACAGGGGAAGGGUGAAAAACAAUGUUUUUUAAAAAGCAUCUAUCGACAUCACACUACUGAGUCUGACGUCCCCUUUAACCAACGCUUGAUACAUGUUACAGCAUAAAUAAAAA